AUGUGGCGGUGUUGUUGCCGAUUGCACGUUGCGUUGCUGCGGGGGCUGUGGGCCUCGACCGCUUCGCCGACAUGCGUUGCAGUGCGGCUGCGUGGCGCACCGACCACUCCGCCGUGCGAGUGCCGCGCGCAACGCCACUGGGACUGCGGGGCGGAACAGCCGCGACUGUUCUUUGGAGCCAGCGGCACCUGUUGGCCGCAGUUGGGCGGUGCGAGUGGGAUGCUUCGCCGCACGGGUGUUGUGGUGGCGCCUCGCGGCGGCUUCGGUGAUGGUUCCGACGCUGCAGCUCGACAUGUGGCGGGGAGUAAAGGGCGACCGCAGCUGACUGUUGACGGUCGGG